AUGCUUCUGAGUGAUUGUAAGCAAUACUUCAACACUGAGGAUUUGUAUGAGAUCCUACGCGUCGACAGGACAGCAACAGUAUCCCAAAUCAAGAAGGCUUAUUAUAAGCAGUCCAUGAAAUGGCAUCCCGAUAAGGCUGAUUCUGCUGAAGACGCAGCGAAGGAUGCUACCGCAAAAUUUCAGAUUAUUACGAGAGCUUAUGCUAUACUUUCCGACAAAGAGAGGCGCAUUCUUUACGAUGAAUCAGGAAUUGUCGAUGAUGAAAACGUUCUAAGCGAUGAGGAUAGCAUAAAUCUUUGGAGAAAAGUGUUCAAGAAAGUGACAAUCGAGGACAUCAAAAAAUUUGCUGCAGAGUAUCAAGGCUCCGAAGAGGAAGAGAACGAUAUUGUUACGGCCUACAAUGCUUGGAAGGGUGACAUGGCAAUGAUUAUGAGCUCAGUCAUGUGCUCCACCUUCGAGGACGAACCACGAAUAAAGGUUUGUCCGUUUCGAGUUGCUUAUCUGGUGAAUGAAAGUAAGCGAAGGAGAAAAGCAGAGAAAGAGGCUGCCGAAGCAGAACAAGCACUGAAAGAGAUCAAAGCAAAGGAGGGAGACAGCAAUCUUCAACAACUUAUUCUUCGUCGGCAAGCUGAUCGUGCUUCUGGUAUGGAUGGCUUCUUCGAUUCUCUUGCCUCGAAGUACGGUGCAAAAACAAAACGGGCAAAGAAAUAG